AUGCGAGACGCAUCUUUACCAGAUACGUCGGCGCCACCACGCCGUAGUGGCUAUGAUGUCCAUGGAAGGCUAUUCAGCGACCCUCUCAGCAGCAGGGACGGCAUUAUGAACAGCAUCCUGCAAGGCACAGCGCAUGACAGCACACUGCCGCGACUGCGCGGAGCCACCGAUGGUCUGCCGUCCGACGGUCCACACUCCGGGGCUGGCAUCGACAUCGCGGAACAUAGCCCGGUGUCGCUGCCCCCAGAGCCAUGCACUUUCCCUGGGUGCUUGGCGCUGACGUGGAUGACGACGCCGUUUUGUAUUCAGCAUCUGACACGGAUACGCCCAAAGAAGCAAAAUGGCAAGAGCGCGCCGACAACAACAGGAGCAGGAACAACGGCGACAACGGCGGCAGCAAAAGCAACACCAGCAACCAUUGCAACACCAAUACAUAAAUCAGGCGAUACUUCGGCACAUGUGUCGGGAAACCCGUCACCGCGGGCGUCACAACCGGCUGCGGCGGUGGCUUCCAAAGCUGAGACCCCACUGCCCACGUCCGAUGCUCCACGUCUACCCAGAAAUGCAGUGCUCUCACCUGAACUAUCGACCACUUACAUGAGGCGUAAGACAGCCCCAGGCAGUGGUUCCCGUCCAGCGUCUGCAGCAAGACCAUCUCUUCUACCCGGCGUAGGACAACACGCAGCUACAAAUGGCGCACCCGUUACACCCGCGUCACGCGCCAACGGCGAGAGUCUGGCAGGCUCAUACUUUUCUUCGUUGCACACCGCUUCACGGCAAAAUGGGACGGCGGACCAUCUCCCCAACGGACGUGAUGAAAGCAGCAUCAAAGAGAAAGACAGCAGCAAUGCGAACGGUGGCAAUACUAUUUUGACGCCAUCAGAAAGCCCGCCCGAAUUACGGGCCUUGCACCAUUCGAAGAAGCGACCUCGAUCCGAUUAUGGGAAUGGAGCCCAACGGGCGCAAACAAAUGAGGCGCCGACACCGAGGGUGCCUGCAGAAGGGGACAAAGGCGUGGGAACGAAUGUCACGGAAAGGCCGAAUGAAGUGAAUGGCGAAACGUUUCCACCGACCACGCAAGCCAGCAACACCCAAGACGCUCAAGCGAGCGCCUCUGCCUCAAAUAUAGUCGGCAACUCUCAACCGCAAACAAAUGCACCUGCGGCACAGGCACCUACAAUACAUAAUUCAAAAGCCGGCCCGGGUCGCGAUGCAGACGACGCUGCUGCAGAACCAUCCACGUCGAAACGCUUGGGACUACGGCUAUCCUUGCAGCGCCGGAUCCAGGAACGAGACAAAGCGCAGGCCAGUAACGCAGCCAACGGGACACCGCAAGCAGCCAAAGCGGCAAUGACGUUCUCCCUAGACACAUACAUCUACAGCCAGGGUGAGGACGUGGCGCCGCUGCCGCCACCGCCUGAAGUCGCAAAGUCCAGAGAACGACUUGAGGCCGCAUCGGCUGCCGCAGCCGCACCACUACCCACGAGCUACUCGUCCGUUUCGUCGUCUACGUCCUCGUCUGCCAGAAAGGCCCCUGAUUUUGUCUACGCCCACAUUGACCCAAGGGUGCACUGGACCCGAGCGCGACCCAAGGCCUGGCACGACGCCAAACAAAAAGAAAUUGCGGCACGGGGCGGGCGCAAGGCCAACUUUGGAAAGGCUGUCCAGCGUUCUGCUGCCGCCCGCCGCCGCGCUGUAGCCGCAGCCGCCGCGACAGCAGCAUCAACAGUAUCAUCGGAGACGUCAGAGUCGCCAACAGACGAGCCGCCAACGAGUGCCACAAAUGGGGAUAUGAACAUGAACAUGAAUAUGAAUAUGAAUACGAAUACGGGGCCAGAUUCUGCCGCCAAUAGCACAACCCGCGGAUCAACACAAAAGGCGUCUACCACACAAGCCCCAACAGGUGCAGCACCACCUCCCCAGGUCCCUUCGGUCUGGACGGGCGAGCUACCCACCGAAGUGACGAGCAACAAGCCAUGGAUGGCACUAUUGGGCAAGUUGGCGCUGGACGAAGAGGCCUGGCCGGUGAAGCCAAAACCGAGCGGUCGGAGCAAGGGGCGGCAAUGA